AGCGCCGCGCAGGGCCUCGAGAACCCCGAGGCCGCUGGCGCUUGCCGCAGCUCGCCCCUUUCGGCUCCUCCCUGUCGUGCGUAGAGUGCGUGAGCCAAGGCGCCCAGAGCCAGCGCGGUGAGGACCAUGUUGCUUCCGAACAUCCUGCUCACCGGUCAGGCGCGCGGCGGGGAGGCGCUGGGCUGCGGGCAGGCCACGGACCUGAGUGCUGUGGGGCGUCGGGCGCCAGAAAGGGUGCCGUGCCGUUCGGUGUUUCGAGGUACACCAGGGGUUGGAAAAACCACCCUAGGCAAAGAACUUGCAUCAAGAUCAGGACUGAAAUACAUUAAUGUGGGUGAUUUAGCUCGAGAAGGGCAGUUAUAUGAUGGCUAUGAUGAAGAGUAUGAUUGCCCCAUUUUAGAUGAAGAUAGAGUAGUUGAUGAAUUAGAAAACCAAAUGAGUGAAGGUGGAGUUAUUGUUGAUUACCAUGGUUGUGAUUUCUUCCCUGAACGCUGGUUUCAUAUAGUUUUUGUGCUGCGAACAGAUAACAGUGUAUUGUACAAAAGACUUGAAACAAGGGGUUAUAAUGAGAAGAAACUAAAAGAUAAUAUUCAGUGUGAAAUUUUUCAAGUUCUUUAUGAAGAAGCAUUAGCAUCCUACAAGGAAGAAAUAGUACAUCAGCUGCCCAGCAAUAAACCAGAAGAUCUAGAGGAUAACAUCAAUCAGAUAUUGAAGUGGAUUGAGCAGUGGAUUAAGGAUCAUAGCUCCUGAUUUACAAGACUACUAGCCACUUUACAACCACUGUUGUUAUAUCUCUGCCAUAUUGAAUAAAUUGUCCAAUUGUCAGUAAAGCUUUUUUAUUAAAAUUGAGCUGCAAGACUAGUAGAUGGAUGGCCUAAAGGUUUAUGUGUGGGCUUUCUUUCUCCAUGAGAAAGCAAAAGUCUCAAGUAUAGUAUAUAUAAUAUCAUUAAGGAUUGAUAGUAAAAACUGUUCAUUUUAAAUGCUUCAACAGCUAAAGAAUGAAUAAAUCUGACCACA